AUCGAGGCGAAAUCCUAUAAUUAUAAAAAACGAAUUCGCUUGAAACACCAGAAAAAAGAGACAAUAAAUUUAUUGAAGCAGUGUUGUAAAAAAUGUACUACACGACAGACACUACAAACUAGACCCUGAGUACAAAAUUAUAUUAUUUUGAUUAGUUAUUUCAAAUUAAAAAUUUGUCAAAAGUAAUUAUCCAGACAUUACUUGCUUAUAGAGUACCAAUUGGAAAAAUUCUAUGAAAAUGAGUUUUUUCCUAUAAAUAGUUUAAUAAAUGAUAUUACAACAUUGUUCAAAAUCGCUGCUUUAAAUUCUGUUUAUUAUUCUGACAUUCGUAAUUUUUGGUUCCCUUCUUAACUCAUUCUAAACAUUGAGCACCAUACGCUUACGAAAAAAUAUGCUUAAAUUUAUAUAACAGCUGGCAUUUUAAUAACUAUAAUAGCUUAAAAUGCCGCGAAAUCCGAAUGCCGAACGUGACAACCCCUGUUUACAUGAACAGGAACUGUCUUAUAAGUGCCUCAGUAAAUACAACUACGACAGAGAUAAAUGUGAAGUAUAUUUCGCCAAUUAUAACAACUGCAAGGAUUUUUGGAAUAAAGUCCGUUCUGACCGUCGAGCAAAAGGAAUUGUACCCUACUUACCCCCUGUGGAGGAGCGUGAAGAUAUCAAGUCAGAAUAUAUGAAGUCCAAACCACCAAAAGACUAGAAAUUAUAAAUGCAAUAAAAAAAUAGUUUGAAGAUGUUAUUACUUUUAUAUAUAAUUUUUAAUAUACAAUUUUAAAACAAUAA